AUGGAGCGCAGUACCACUGGGGAGGCCGAAAUGGAGGUGGAUGACGUCGAAUGUAGCAGCAAGACGGCCAUCAAUCAGUGGUCUUUGGUCAAGCCAUUUGGCGGCUGUCAGCCACCGAAGCAGAGAUCGCUUCAUGCUAGCAUAGUAGUGGGCGAUUGCCUCUACAUCUUUGGAGGGUACGAUGGUAGCAGCCGGGUGAACGACUUCUACAAGUUCAGCUUCAAGGCUUCCAAGUGGUCGCAGAUUCACCCUGCAGGGAGUAGCCCGACAGCCCGCGACAGACAUGUUGUCGUGUCUUACGCCGACAAGAUCUACAUUUUUGCUGGAUACGACGGCAACAACCGUGUGAAUGACUUCUGGCAGUAUGACACCGAGCACGAGGUCUGGACCACGGUGGACCCGGCCCUCGGAAACCCGCCGACACCACGCCAUAGUCACUCGGGUGUCGAGUACGAUGGAUCCAUGUACAUCUUCGCGGGGUACGAUGGGAACUACCGGAGUGAUUUUCACCGCUACAACUUUCAGCAACGGAAGUGGUCUAUAGUCCCUGUCAAGGGAUCCGUGCCCAAGGCACGCUACAGAACAUCGGCCGUCGCGUACAAGAAUCGUAUGCUUGUGGUCGGUGGACAUGAUGGUGCGAAGCAUUUGAAUGAUUUCUACCAGUUUAACUUCGACACGCUGGAGUGGAGCUUGGUAGAGACGACGGGGCAGGUACCACCGCCUUCGCCACGAGACUCGCACUCCGCCGUGAUCUGCGGCGACUCCAUGUACCUCUUCGGAGGGAGCACUGGCAGUGCUCGGAACGACCUGUACGCGUUUAGCUUCGAAACAGAGCAGUGGACAGAGGUUCGUUCAGCGCCUGCUGGCACUAAAAACAGCAAUGUGCCCUGCCCUAGAUUCUGUCAUACGUGCGACGUAUACAACAACUCGCUGUACGUCUUUGGCGGCUACGACGGUCAGCAGCGGCUCAACGACUUCUGGCAGUUCAAGCUGGCCACUGAAGUCAACAUCGAUAUCCCAAGCAGCUCAUUAGUGGCCGAUCUCCGCGAGUUCCUCAACGAUGCGAAGCUGUCUGAUGUCACUUUCCUCGUCGAGGGCAAACCGGUCUAUGCGCACAAGCUUCUGUGCAUGCGUUGCUCGUACUUCCGGGCUAUGUUCGAAGGGCAGAUGCGUGAGGCCAGGGCAGCUUAG